AUGUAUAUACCGACUGCUCGAAAGAGAUUGCUAAGGAAUGGAUUUCGUGGGAGAGUGGCGUAUUUGAGGAAUCCUUUUGUCCAUAGGCGUAAUAUACAAAUAGUCCAUAAUAACGCAUCUGUCCAAGCUGAACAAGUACAAAAGAAACGUCUCAACCUUGACAGCGUUGCCAGCUUGAAGUUUGAUCCUUCAGAUGAUGUUACAGACUUCACAUCAUUUGGAAUUUUACCUUUUUUUCAAGAAAAGUUGAAUAGUCUUUUACGUCCUGACGAUAGGAGCAUUACCUCAGCUCCAGAUUACAACGUGUCUCCAACUCAUGAUCAAAGAACCUUAUUGUCUGUAUUAAAUUCUGAACACAGCUUAAUUCAUAGAGGUGCUUCCCAAACUGGGAAGAGUUUAGCGUUACUUACUUAUGCAUUAAAUCAUACAUUAUCGAAAGUACCAACUUUUGGAUCUUUGAAGAAUUCAAGAUCUUAUCAGUCUGUCGAUUCUAUUAUAUUGGCUCCGACAGACCUACUAAUUGGCAAGUAUGAGUAUUAUACUAAAGAGCUUACGAAAGAUAUCCCGGAAAUGUGUUGCCCAGAUCAACUACUUGUCGAUGGAAGCGAUAAUGAUUAUUCUGUAACGAGAAAGCCAUUAAGUGUGAAAUUUUUGUAUUCAGAUGGAACAACUAAAUUCUUGUGUACAUCCAACAAUUCUGAAUAUUCGUCCAAUAUUCCGCAAAUAUUAAUAACGACACCCAGUAAACUUUACGAAAUAAUGAAUGAUGAGAAGUCCAUAGAUAACAUAACGAAAGAAAACUUGAAUGAAGUUCGAUUCUUUGCUAUUGAUGAGACGGAUUUUCUACUUAACACAACAAAUAUUUCUACCAUUAGUAAUGCAAAUUUAGUAAAAAGUGGCAAGAAGCUGAAAUAUCUCAACAAGAUUGAAAAGAUUAUCCGUGAAUUGCAAACAUCUCAGGUUGAAUAUUAUUCUUCCCACUUAAUUCGCAGGUUGAAAUAUGUCGAAGGGAUACAUAGAAAUGCCAAUAAAGAAGCAUUCGAUAAUAACAAAUUUGACCAUGCCAAGUUUGUUCUUGAAGAUAACACUUUAUCUACUAGUAAUGUCUCAAUUAAUGUAGAACAUUUGUUUAGCCACAAUUCGACAAAUUCCAGACCAGAUGAAAGUUUGCUUAAAAAGUUAAUUAAGGUUAAACGUAAGGUUCUUUAUAAGCCUAUUCAGUACUGUUUUAUCUUUCACCCAAAACAUAGCUAUCAGCAAAUACUUUUACAGUUGUCUAACAAGAAGUAUAAAAAAGCUUUUGAUGAGUCGAUUAUGAAAGAACUUCAGAAAAUACACAAUGUGUCAAGAAAUGAUGAUAGAUUGCAAAAAGAAUAUAGUAAAUAUUUGUUGGAGAAAGUAACAAGAAAUGAUCAAAAACAAGAAGACUCCCAAGUCAAUUUUAUUGAAAAGUUGGUUCGAUUUGAUGAUUCAAAAAGAUUUUAUAGAAAACAAGAAAGAAAGAUUGUUUCUGUUGGGUCAUUUAAUUCCGAUAAUAAAAUAAUAGAUACGUCGAAUGAAGCAUCAGAAAAUGAAACUAGUUCUUCAAUCAACAAAAUCCAAACACACUUUGUUGAAGCAAGAAAUAUGAAAAAGAAUUCUAACAGAGUCUCAUUGAGAGAUAUUAACAUUAUUAAGAAUAUACCUGACAAAGAAAAGACACUAUCAGUGUUAGAGAAUGAUAUAGAGAAUUCUGGGUAUAAUAUAAAGAAUCUUUUAAAAAGCUUCUUAAAAUCCCGAAUGUUAUCCACAUCCUCAAUAUCAAAGAAAGACAAGGGGUUCAUUAAUAAUCAAGCGGUUGUAACCGAAAUAACGAGAGCAACUAUUCUGAGAUUUAGGAUGGAAUAUCCACUUAAUACGGAUCCAAUAUUAAUUACCAUACCCCCCUCUGUCAACUUGGAAUCACUUUCAGAUGAGCUAAGCAAUGAUAAGUCGUCUCCUGAUAAGUUUACAUGCCUUAAUACUGAUGAAUUUCGGACUGAUAGACCAAAUUUUGACUACCUUACUUUAUUGAACUUCUUUGUAAAGCAGUCACCAAAGGAGUAUGAUAUUAGGACCAAUCUCAUUGUACAUCCUGAUCAAUUAAUUGGACAGAGCAUCGGUGGUUUGACAAAUUUGAUAGUAAUCGGGAUGGAAUCAAUGUUGCCACAACUUGCCUUCAGCUCGAAAGAUCUGACCGUCGAUGAAAUCGCUGGUAUCGAUGACCCUGUAAGUGACUUAUCCUCUUUUUACUUAUCCAAAUUGUCCUCGCUGUCGCAUUCGAAUGUAAAGAACUUAUUGUUUGUGUUGGAUGCGUUUAAUAUGAAUGAUAGCAAAAUUCUCAAAACUAGAAUAUCAAACGAUUUUCAGCGAUUAAGUCAAAUUAUAUUCUAUAAUAACUUACAGGAUAGGAUAAAUUUGAGUAAACUUUGUGAAGAACAUCCUGCAACGACUGAACUUGUUUAUGGUAUUGAUAAAUCAUUUUAUCAAAGAAUGAGAAAUGUCAUAAACAAACAUGUAUAUAAAUAG